AUGACCCGCCUACUUCCAAUCAUCCUCGCCACCAUCGCGCUUAUCGCAUCAACAGUUGUCGCAGAUGACGAUAGAACACCAGGCUGUGGAAAAGAUGUUUCGUCGGCAGCUAUCGGAAAGACCCAAAAGGUGUCGAUAACAAGUUCUGGUAACAAUCGUACUUUUAUGGUCCAUUUACCACAAGAUUAUGAUUCUGAUGAAGAUUAUCCUGUGAUUCUGGGAUUCCAUGGAGCGCCGGGUGUUGGAUUACAUUUUGAGGCGGAUACGAUGUUUAGUAUGCCGAGGUGGGGGAAUGGGAAGAUAUUCGUAUACCCUGAUGCGCUAGGUGGAGUUUGGGCGGGAAUGCCAGGGAAUAUGACGACGCCGUUGGAGAAGGAUCUUGAGUUCAUGAGCGACCUACUUAAUUACCUACGGAACAAUUAUUGUGUCGAUAACGAGAAGAUUUAUGCCACUGGAAUCUCCAACGGCGGCGGCUUCCUAAACCGUAUAGCCUGCGACCCUACCGUCGGCCGCAACUUCGCAGCCUUCGCUCCAGACGCCGGAGCCUUCACUGGCUUCCAACCAAACGGUAACGCAACCUGUAACCCCUACAAAACACCCAUCCCAAUCAUCUCUUUCCACGGCACAAACGACACCACAAUCUCCUACUACGGCCGUAACGAUUCAAUCCCCACUCCAUCAAUACCCUACUGGCUCCAAGGCUGGGUCGAACGCAACAAGUGCACAAAUAUGACCGAAGAAACCUAUAAUAAAACAGCGACGCAUUAUAGUUGGACUUGUGAUGGUGUUGAAGGGGCUUUCCAGCAUUAUAAGGUCGAAGGGAUGGGACAUGUUUGGCCUAGUACGGAGGAGACUUUUAGUCAAUUGAUCUCUGGCGGGCAGCCGACGGUUGUUAAUGCUAAUCAAUUGAUUUUGGACUUUUUUGGCAGAUGGGAGGUGGAAGAUAGGGGUGUUAGUGGGGGUGGGGAGACUACGGCGGCGACGACUACUACCGCCGGGCCAACGCCGACAGAGACUGGGGGACCUGCUGGUACUACUGCUGCUGGUGGGGGGAGUGCAGCGGGAAGAGUUGAGGUCGGGAUGUGGAGUUUUGGGGUAGCGGUUCUUGUGGGUUUGAUGGCGUGGGUGUAA